AUGUUGUCGGGGAUCUUAAUCUUUAAUCAGAAGGGUGAGAACCUCAUCUUCCGCGCUUUCCGCAGCGAUUGUCGCCCACGUCUCGCCGAUAUCUUCCGCAUCCAGGUCAUCUCCAACCCGCAGGUCCGCUCCCCGAUCCUCACUCUGGGCUCGACCACCUUCAGCCAUGUUAAGCAUGAGAAUAUCUACCUGGUCGCCGUGACCAAGAGCAAUGCCAAUGCCGCGCUGGUCUUCGAGUUCCUCUACCGGCUCAUCGUGUUGGGCAAAAGCUACUUCGGCAAGUUCGACGAGGAGGCUGUGAAGAACAACUUUGUGCUGAUUUACGAGUUGCUCGAUGAGAUCCUCGACUUUGGGUACCCCCAGAACACCGAUCCCGAUACCUUGAAAAUGUACAUCACUACCGAGGGGGUCAAGUCAGCCAUCACGAACAACCCAACAGACUCGAGCCGAAUUACGCAACAAGCAACCGGUGCUCUCUCGUGGCGCCGCUCCGAUAUCAAAUACCGCAAGAAUGAGGCGUUCGUGGACGUGAUCGAGGAUGUCAACCUCCUGAUGUCAGCCACCGGUACCGUGCUGCGCGCCGACGUGAACGGUCAAAUUGUGAUGCGCGCAUACCUGACAGGAACUCCCGAGUGCAAAUUCGGAUUGAAUGACCGGCUUCUUCUGGACAGCCCUGACGCUUCAAGUGCCAAUAACCGAAAAGGUGGUACUUCGGGUGCAAACAAGACCACGCGAGCUGCUGCCGGCUCUGUCACGCUUGAGGACUGCCAGUUCCACCAGUGCGUGAAGCUGGGACGGUUCGAUGCCGACCGUAUCAUCUCGUUCGUGCCGCCGGACGGCGAGUUUGAGCUGAUGCGGUACCGCGCUACGGAGAAUGUCAAUCUGCCCUUUAAGGUUCACCCGAUUGUGCGGGAGAUUGGUACAACGAAGGUCGAGUACAGCAUUGCCAUCAAGGCAAACUACGGCUCUAAGCUGUUUGCUUCUAAUGUCAUUGUUCGCAUUCCCACGCCUCUCAACACUGCGAAGACCACUGAGCGGACGAGCCAGGGUCGUGCUAAGUAUGAGCCUGAGCAUAACAAUAUCGUUUGGAAGAUCCCUCGUUUCUCGGGCCAAAGCGAAUAUGUGCUCAAUGCUGAGGCCACUCUUACCUCGAUGACGCAUCAGAAAGCAUGGAGUCGACCCCCAAUCAAUCUUUCAUUUAGCAUUCUCAUGUUUACCUCGUCUGGUCUGCUUGUGCGUUACCUCAAGGUGUUCGAGAAGAACAAUUACAGUUCUGUCAAGUGGGUCCGGUACAUGACUCGCGCAGGAAGCUACGAGAUUCGGUAUGAUACUUACACACAUCCAUACCCCCAAAUUUGA